AUGGCGACGCGCGCGACGCCCACGACGCGAACGACGCUCACGACGCGAUCGCGACGCACGGCGACGACGGCGAUCGCGGGACGGGCGCGAGGUGACGGACGCGCGCGCGCGCGGGCGAGCGAGAGAUGGUCACGAAUGAAUGUGUCGAGGCUCGCACCGAGACGUGGAAUGAUGACGACGGGGGCGAUCGACGCGGCGCGCGCGGACGCGAGCGCGCGCGCGGGUUCGAGUGACGCUUCGGGAGGGUUCGAGUGGCGGUCGCACUGGUACCCGGUGGCGUUCACGUCGGACGUGGACGGGACGGCGCCGACGACGUUUACGCUCCUGGGCGAACCGUUGGCGUUCUGGAGAGACGCGAGCGGGGAGAUGCGGUGCGUGGCGGAUAGGUGCCCGCAUAGAAUGGUGCCUCUGAGCGAAGGGCGAGUGAACGAGGGGGGUGAACUCGAGUGUGGGUAUCACGGGUGGACGUUCACGGGGGAGGGGAAGUGCACGUCGAUUCCGCAAAUCGAACCGGGCGCGGGGCUGGAGACGGCGUUGAAGAGCCCGCGGGCGUGCGUCGCGGCGUAUCCGUGCGUGGAAAAGCAGGGUAUGUUGUGGGUCUAUCCCACGGCGAAGGAUAAGGCCCCGGCGACGCUUCCGGAGCUUCCGUUGAUUCCGGAGAUUGACGACCCGGAUUGCGUGUACCAAGACGUCUUCCGCGAUUUGCCAAUGGAUUGGGCGACUUUGCUCGAGAACGUCAUGGAUGUCAGUCACGUGCCGUUCACCCAUCACAACUCUGUGGGGAAGCGCGAGAACGCGACGCCGGUGAAUUUGGAAUUGACGAGCGCCGACGGCGUCAGCGCGAGCGGAUUCCAAGGUAUGUGGCAGGAGGGACCGAGAAAGGGUAAGUACGGGUCGCAGUACACCGAGUUCAAGGCCCCGACGUUGAUGCGCCACACGCUCAGAACGGAGGCGUUCACGACGCUGACGGUGGUGUACGCGGUGCCGACGACGCCGGGUCGCUGCCGACUGCUCGCGCGCUUCCCGUUCAUUUUCAAGUCUGCGCUUCCGCGAUUCUUCUUCGGCCUCUACCCGCAGUGGUUCUCGCACACGAACCAAAACAGCAUCUUGGAGGACGAUCAGAUUUUCUUGCACAAGCAAGAACGCUUAAUCGAGGUUGAUCAAAAGAUCAAGGGAAAGUCGUACGCGCAGUCGUGCUACAUGCCCACCAAGGCAGACGUGUACGUCUCUGCGUUCCGCAAGUGGAUCACGGAGAUCGCCGGGGGCGGUCCGGCUUGGCCGCUGGGAAUGCCUACCAACUUGCCGCCGCAAGAGACUACUCGCGAGGCUCUUCUCGACCGUUAUUACUCGCACACCGUAAAUUGCAAGUCGUGCGCGACGGCUCUGGCAAACAUUGGCAAGGUGCGCAAGGUGCUACGUGUUCUCACCUUCGUCGCUCUCGCCGGCGCCGUCGCGACGUUCGCGCGAUCCAUGCCUCUCAAAUACACCAUCGCUGUGUCGGUACUGUCCGCUGUGUUCGCGUUGGUACGCGAGAAGCUCGGGGGUCUCGCUCAAAAGAUGCGCGUCGGUCCGUAUCCGCCGCCGCGUCGCCCGCCUUCAAUGAUGGAAGCUGCGCUCGAGCAGGCGCGCAUCGCGUUCUAA